GACGUGGAAGUCGUGUCCUCCAAGAACAAAGUGGAUGAAAUAGUUCUUGACCCCACGAAUGAGUUUGUUGUCUCUUUUACGUUCACCUCGUUACAGGACGAGGAGCCCUAUCUAUCAGAUUUAAAGCUCUGGCUUCAGACCCACUAUAUGAAGAAUACUCAUGAUCCAGCCCCAGCCAGUCGUGUCAGUGAGAAACCAAAACCCAAACUGUGGUUUGAAGACAAAGAAAGACAUAAAAAUGCCCGCAGAUCUGCAAAAUCCCUGUCAGAAUUUGUCCGUGUCAACAAAUCCCGUGGGAAAUCUCGGUUCCUUGUGGCGUCUGUCCCAAACAAGGACAACCCAGGAGCUUCCAUUUACCUGUAUGAGGAUGGGGAGCUGCCAGCAGCCCGGGGAGAGGCUGCGAUCACCGGCUAUCGGGUGGAGUACAGAAGAGUGGUGCAGGAGGACUGGACGGCUGUGAAUGUGAAUAGCAAACAGGAAUCAUUCCCAGUAACAGGGCUACGUGCAAACACCGAGUACCAGUUCAGAUACGCUGCAGUGAGCAAACCAGGGCUCAGUGUGAGCAGUGACAGGAGUGAGACUGUGAAGACAUCCUGCCCCACCAGCCCCCCGGGGAAGCCUGUAACAUUGAAAGUGGAACCACGUGCUGUCACACUGUCCUGGGAGGCACCAGCUGUCACUGGAGAGGGAGUCACUAUCAGGGAGUACAGGGUGGAGUAUAAAGAAGACACAGGAGAUACAAGUCCUGAAGAAAAAGGCAAAUGGCAGGAGCAAAGGACCAAGGAGAAAGCAGAGUCCUGCAGCAUUGAGGGGCUGAAGCCUGGGACGUCCUACGUGCUCCGAGUGUCAGCGGUGUGCGCGGGUGGUGCUGUGAGUGACCCCAGCGAGGCGGUGUCCGUUUCAACGCUGGGAGCAGAAUCAACGUCGUUAGCUCACGUGUACUUGAAGAAGAGCACUCUGAUAGGGGACCAGGAGCCCUCCGUGUACGCACUGCCCCUAGAGAAGGUAAUGCGUGGUUCUAGCUCAUCUUGUUUAAAGUACAGGCUGGGAGCGGAGAGCUCUUGCACCCACAGAAAGGUCAUUAUGGUGAUGGGAGCAACGGGGUCUGGGAAGACUACUCUCAUCAAUGGGAUGAUCAACUACAUCCUGGGAGUGCAAUGGGAGGAUAAUUUCAGGUUCAAACUGAUCCACAAAGUGACCAACAGAAGCCAAGCUGAGAGCCAGACGUCUGAAGUGACCAUUUAUGAGGUCAAUUACAGACAGGGCUUUAAAAUCCCCUAUAGCCUGACUAUCAUAGACACCCCAGGGUUUGGUGAUGUGAGAGGGAUAGCUCAAGACAGGCUAAUAAUAAAGCAAAUCAGAGAAUUUUUCUCUACCCCGGGGGACAUUGAUGAAAUAGAUGCUGUCUGUGUUGUAGUCCAGGCCUCGCUAGCUCGUCUAACCCCUGCCCAGAAAUACGUGUCUGAUUCGGUGCUCUCCAUCUUUGGGAAGGACAUAAAGGACAACAUACAGGUUCUGGUCACCUUUGCAGAUGGACAGACACCCCCGGUUCUAGAGGCCAUUAAGACCGCUGAUGUGCCUUGUGCUAAGGAUGCCAAGGGUACCCCUAUUCAUUUUAAAUUCAAUAAUUCCACACUGUAUGCUAGCAAUGCUGGAGCUGACCAUGGCAGUUCCAGUUUUGAUGCAAUGUUUUGGAAAAUGGGAGCCAUGAGCAUGAAGGCCUUCUUUGAAUCUUUAUUCAGCUUAGAAAGUAGAAGUCUGACCCUGACGAAGGAAGUGCUCAGAGAACGGAAGGAGCUGGAGGCGGCUGUGGAAGGGCUGCGGCCCCAGAUCAGGGCCGGACUGACGAAGCUGGAAGAACUGAGAAAAACAAAGAAAAUUCUGGAGCAACACAAGGAUGAAAUGGAGGCCAAUAAAGACUUUCAAUAUGAGGUAGAUGUGACCGUGCCUGUGCAGGAGGACAUCUCUGGUACAGGGAACCACAUAAUGAACUGCCGGCAAUGUCACUACACCUGCCAAUAUCCUUGUGCAAUCUCUAAUUGGGAUGAUCUGCGAGGAUGUGCAGCAAUAGAUAGUAAUACAGAAUAUUGCAAUGCGUGCCAUGGUAAGAGUUUCUGGAAAGCUCACUUCAAUCCAAAGUACAAGUGGCGUUAUGAGACAAGAAGAGAGAAACGGACCUUCGGUGAACUGAAAGAGAAGUACGAGAAGGCAUCCGGUGAGAUAUUAUCAACAAAGAACGUGGUGGAGAAGCUGAGUCAGGAAUACGCUGCAGUGGAAGAGAUAUUGCUAGAGCUUAUUGACAAAUCAUCUUACAGCCUCCAGCGCCUGCAAAAAAUCACCUUAAAGCCCAACCCACUGUACACUCCAGAAUACGUUGACCUGCUGAUCAUGUCAGAACAACGGGAGCUGAAGCCCGGGUAUCAGGAACGGAUAAAAUCACUGAAUGAAGUGAGGGAAGUAGCUAAUAUAAUAAGGAAGAUUGCUAAUAAGGAGCCCCUGCUGCCAGAAGAGUAG